GUGCAGUACAGUAGUUCGGUUUAAACGAACCAAUGAGAGCAGCCUGACAUGAGAGUGACAGUGACUCCACGACACCGGAGAGGCGGCUCAGAGACGAGCAGCCAAUACGGGCUCUGGGUGAACACAAACGGAGGGAAAAGACAAAAUAACGUCGCGUCUCCUUGUAGGAGCGAACGUUUACCUGUCAUCUGUGUGUGAGGAAAAAAGCAAAGUAAGGAGAAGACACCAUGAAUUUGUCUCAGUGCUGGGAAGAUUCACCUUUGAGACUCGGAUUGAAACAACCAGGAGGCAAGGAAGUGAGUUUAAAAGAAGUGUACAAUGAGCGCCACCGACUGGCCUUGGAGGAGCUGCUCUCCGGAGGAGUCCAACGCUUUCUGGACUUCUUGAGUAAAGAAGGGCUGCCGAACUUUUUGUCAGACGAUGAGAUCCAACGGAUCAGCAGCGCAGCAGUGUCGCCCCGCUUCGCACACAGCCACGUCGGCGAGGAGCAGUCGUUAAGCAGCGCCGUGGACUGUUCCUCUGUCACCUACUUCCCAGAUGUCUCUGACUUGGAGCCGCCGAUGCUGGAACUAGGCUGGCCAGCCUUCACAGCUGGCUCGUACCGGGGAGUGACCCGGGCCGUGGCGUACUUCCAGCCCAGUUAUGGAGAGAGCAUAUACAGCUGCAAGGAAGCCGUGAGACGAAUGAUUAAAAGUGCCAGAGAGGUUAUUGCUAUAGUUACAGACUCUCUGACAGACCUAGAAAUCUUCAAAGAUCUUCAGGAGGCCAGCGCCCAACGCAAAGUACCCGUCUACAUCCUGUUGGACCUAAUAUGUGCUCCUGCCUUUCUCAAGAUGUGCAGGAAUCUUGGUGUUCGCCUGGAUGACCUCCAGCACAUGAGAGUACGAACUGUAACUGGCUCAACUUACUACACGCGAUCUGGAGCGAAGAUUACAGGGAAUGUUCAUGAAAGGUUCAUGCUGAUUGAUGGGAAUAAAGUAGCUACAGGUUCCUACAGGUUUGACUGGACUGAUGGCAAGCUGAACAGCAGCAAUCUUGUGGAACUUUCAGGCCAGAUUACAGAGAAAUUUGAUGAGGAGUUUCGCAUCCUCUACGCUCAGUCUCUGCCCAUAAAUACCCACGUGUCUCCCGUUGUUGGAAACAUCACUGAGCAAAUGAUCAAAGCGUCAGUCCCCUCAUCCCCUGCUCUGACCAGAGUCAGAGCUGUGGAGCCAGUGUGUCUGACCAGCACACCUAACCACAAACUCCAACGUGUAGCAGAACAGCACAUGUGUGAAUCUCCAGCUGCAGCUCGUGGUGAAAUCUGCCUAGCACCAAGCGUUUCUGCCACAGGUGAGAAGUGGAAUGAGCUGCAGCACAUGCAGGGAGAGGAGAUCCUGGCCGGCUGCACAACCCAGCUUUUUCCUGCAGACCAGAUGGUGGAAAAAGAAGCAGCGACGACCGGUGCUACGGCCUGUAAUGCCUUCACUCAGACCAGCAGGUUAGUUGCUGACGGUGUCACUCAAACUGAUCAGACAGCCGCAGAUCAUCCUGACGUCAUCACACAGUCAAACACUAGAGCAGACAAAAAUACAUUGUCCUCAUUCACACCAUCCAGACACAAAAUACCCAUAUUGCCACCUCCAGACAACACCCUGAAGGACUGCUUCCAAAAGCUGGCCAGAGAGCGUCAAUACUACUACUGUUCAAUCCGAUCCAAGCUGGAACACAUGGUGACCACACUGUCCCAGAGGCAGGAACUGGGUGACAUCAGCAACAUGGCUCUGGGGCUUGGCACCCACAGCAGGCAGAGGGUACACAAAGACUGGAAGGAGGAGCCAAAUCCCAGAAUGCUUGUUGAGGGCGUGGGCACAUGGCCAAGGUCCAGAUGUAUGCACUAGUCGGUUUGAGGGGAUGUUGGAGAUGGGAGGUGGAGGGCAAAGUGCUUCAGCUGGGUUUCUUCUGGAUCCUAUGUUUCACAUUAACACGUGUGGCUAAUGCAGUAGAGUUUUAGUUUGUCUUCUUUAGCUGCAGUGCCCAUUUCUAUGAUGCUGCGUCCUGUACAUUUUGAACUGAUUUCUGGUGAAAUAGCUAAUCUUGAUUGCAACACUGCAUAAAGUCUUCAAACACUGAGUAGUCAUGGCUCUUUUGACUUUAUAUGUUCGAUAAUUUCAUUUGUGGAGGAGGUUGGAAGUGACUAAUGUAAACUGUAGUGAUUGACACCGGCCCAGAUGCUGGUUUAGAGAUUAACAUCACAUUUGCCUGCUGUAACUACGUGUUCAUCCUUCUUUGAGCAGCUCCAUGGCUGUAACGCCACCUUGUGAAAAAAUAAAGUAUUUGGUAAGCGAUGGCA